ACAUCUCAUAGAAAUAAAUUUAGAUAAAUAUGCCAGGCGUCGAUAGAAGAACACUUUUGAGAUCUCAGAAAUAUGAGAAAAAUGUGACCAAGAGGGGUAGCGUAGGAUCAUCCAAGAAAAAUAAGAAGAAUGAGUAUCCAGUAUCACCAAUUCUCUUGGGAGUAUUCUUGCUAUUGGUUGUUGGAUCUGCCUUGUUCCAGAUUCUGAACACCGCUACAACAUCAUCUCCAUUUGGUUAAUAUAAUUGCUGCUAAGGUAUAAGUUAAGCUGGGUGCUAUCGCUG